UUAUGAAUACUGGGUGUUUCAAACGCACCCACCCUGUUGUUGCGAAGGUAACUUGUUCAUUAGCUUCGAGAUAGAUAGAACACGUAGUUAGCAAGCUAACUAGCUGGUAACAGUGCAGAUACAGAGAAGGAACACUGAAGGAAGAGAAAGUUUUUUAACUUUAGCUCGCUAUCCAAAGAACACAGUACCAACUAAGCUUAGCAUAGUUUUAACCUUGGUAGCUAUGAACUUGUGAUCUAACGUUAGCUGAUUUAUUCACUUUCCAUUAGUCGCUACUCCCAACUACAGUUCGCUGUAUCCAGAUAGCCAGACGCUGGCUAUUUUUGGUGAUUUUUAAAAGCCGACUUUUGAGCCUGUCAAGACCGCCCGCUGUCAGACCGCCAUGCCGUUCCCCUUUGGGAAGUCUCAGAAGAGCCCAGCAGAGAUUGUGAAAAGUUUAAAGGAAAAUGUUGCAUGCUUGGAGAAGCUAGAGACUUCUGACAGCAAGAAGUGUGAAAAGGUUGCAGAGGAGGUGUCCAAAAAUUUGUCUUCCCUGAAAGAGGUGCUCUGUGGCACUGCCGAUAAAGAGCCUCAAACAGAGGCAGUGGCUCAGCUUGCGCAAGAGCUUUACAACACAAACCUCCUGAUCUCUCUCAUUGCCAACCUUCAAAGGAUUGACUUUGAAGGUAAAAAAGAUGUGGUCCACGUCUUUAGCAACAUUGUGCGGCGUCAGAUUGGCACACGCACCCCCACAGUGGAGUACAUCUCUUCCCACCCGCAGAUCCUCUUCAUGCUGCUGAAAGGCUAUGAGAGUGCUGAGGUGGCCCUGAACUGUGGGAUGAUGCUGAGGGAGUGCCUGCGUCAUGAGCCUCUGGCACGGACUAUCCUCUUCUCGGAGGACCUCUACCGCUUCUUUAACUAUGUUGAGCUCUCCACUUUUGACAUUGCCUCUGAUGCCUUUGCCUCGUUUAAGGACCUCUUGACAAGGCAUAAGAUUAUGUGUGCGGAUUUCUUGGAGACAAAUUAUGACAGAGUGUUUACCGAAUAUGAGAAGUUGCUGCAUUCUGAGAAUUAUGUUACCAAGCGACAGUCUCUGAAGCUUCUGGGAGAACUGCUGCUCGACAGGCACAACUUCACAGUCAUGACCAAAUACAUCAGUCACGCAGAGAACCUCAAGCUCAUGAUGAACAUGCUCAGAGACAACAGCCGCAACAUCCAGUUCGAGGCCUUCCACGUCUUCAAGGUAUUUGUGGCCAAUCCCAACAAGACUCAACCAGUGCUGGACAUCCUGCUUAAGAACCAGUCCAAGCUGGUCGAGUUCCUCAGCCAUUUCCAGACGGACCGCUCUGAGGACGAGCAGUUCUGCGACGAGAAGAACUACCUGAUCAAGCAGAUCCGGGACCUGAAGAGGCCUGUGCCGCCCGAGGAAUCCUAAAUCCAAAAGAGCUGCGAAAGAGGAAAUGUGUAAGGAGAGAGGUUUGGGGUGGGAGCAGGGAUUUGCUGAGGUUUCAAAGGAGAAGUCGGAGACAUCAAUGGAGGCAAAAAGGGAGAGGAUUUAACACAGGCAGAAAGCUUUAGAGGGCUGAGGGAGAGAAGAUGUCUUUCAGGCCCUUACUUCCUCUUGACCUUUGACCUCAAUAAUGGGAAAAGGAUAGUUAAUGUUCUUGUGCGUGCAGAGCCUCUUAUUUUCCUGAGCGUAGGCAAUGAGGGGGACAUUGUGAGGAGAGGAGUGGGUUGGACCCUCACACUCCAUUGACACCGCAAAGCCAGUAACAAAGGUGUGAAAUCCAACUCGAUUUCAAUACCUCAAUGUUUUUCAAGACUUUUGUUAGUGGGAUAGUGGGGUGGGGGGAAAUGUUUUUACCCCAUAUGCAAACGCAUCUCCAUAAGAGUUAACUUUUCUUUAAACAUUAAAUUUCAUUGGAAAUAUUUGAUUGAGCAUAAAUCUUAAACCUUAAAGUGUAUAUGAUUUCUCAAUGUUAAAAGCCUUAUGACUCUGAAAUGGUCAGGAAGACAGCCUCACGGUUGGUCUCCGACAGGCACCACAGAGUCUCACACCACCAUUUAAGCAAAAUGAAUUUUAAGGCUUUUUACUGAAAAGAACUAUUCAAGAGUAAACAUCAAUUAUGUAACUGUCUUGCUCUCUGAUGCCGCACUAAUCAUUUCCUCAUCAUCUUGGUUGUUUGUUAUAUUUUAAGAGCCCCUUUGAUGCUGGUUUUUGCCUCUGUGCUCUCUGAAAACAGAAGUUUAGUAUUUUGCUUUGCUUGGGCUAGUUCCUUAGGAAUUGUAUUUUAAGUAUUGUAGGGAUGGUAUUUAAUUUUUGCUUAAAGAUUUAGGGAAUUUUCAUUGUCAAACAGCAGAAACUUUUCAGGGUUGGGUCAAUUUUCAGUUAUGUAUCAACACAUGGUACACUUAAGACAGGACUUAAACAACACCCUGUACAUAUACACUGUAAUAAUAUUGUAGUGAUAGGAUGGACAUUUUGAUGCUUGUCAGAUGCUGUUCAGUUUCCUUGGCAACUGUUUGGGAUGCCAGGUUGCAUUCCGCAGUUGAACCUAAACGCAUAAGAAUCAGUUGAAGUAGGCAUCAGCAAAAUGACCAUUGAACAUGGUUCAUACUCCAGCCCAUUACCUGCACUGUCAAACUUGAAUGAGCCAAAACUGUGGCAUCAUACGGGAUCUCAUGGUUGCCCCAGUUCUACACAGUGUGAUUGGGUCCAUUUCUGCUCAACACCUUUCAGUAGCCGGUUUCCAUGGCUACUGAAAGCUGUUUGGAUGAAAUGCUAAAGGGUUCUACUGAGAAAAAAAAGUUGUCCUGAAUGCUAAAUGGUAUACCUUAAGUUAAAUUUAUAUUCUAUGUAAUCUGUUUGCACAAACAUGUUUUCUUAUAUACCUCAUAGGUUUUGAGUUCCUAAGUGCUGUGUACUCAUUUCUCCUUCACAAGUUUAUUUCAUUUGAUUAUAUUGUGGAUGGGGGCAGUAGUUUGAAUUAUGCAUGCUAUAAAGCAUCUAAAAGAAAAUAUUUGGCUUCGAACCAUUUGAGGCCUGCACUUAACAUGAUAAUGCAAACCCUGGCUUUGUGAAAACACCAGCCAGUCCAGAAAUUAAGUCUGCGCAUAACCCCCCACAGAUGUUUGAAUGUGAAAUUUGGGGGCGGAGUGGCUAUGUAGAGCUUUUGGGUGUCACACAGAAUUGCGACUUCAGCUACCUGCCGAAGUGGUGCUGGCCAGUGCUAUUAAACAAUGGGCUGUGGACCUCCGCUUGAAUGUACGAUAGAAAUUCAAGUAACCUGCAAGAUUAGAGUUUUAAGGUCAUCCUCUCGUCUAACAAGCAUUGAUUACCACAGCUGUACGCCAGCAGAGGUCUCCAUUGUUUUCUGAUUUAGUGUUUGCAGAAACCUGCUGUAAAGGUUACAUUUUCUCCCAUUCAAUCGUAAAUCCAAAUCAUUGAACACAACGAGCACACACCUUCUGAAACUGUGCAAACCCAGGUAUACUUCUUCUAACAGUAACUUGGUUUUACUUUUAUUUAGUCUCAGAUCUUGGAUCAAGAUCUGCACUUCCAGGCAGUUUGUAAGAACUGAUUGUACGUGCCACUUGUCUUUUAGCUUCACAUACACUGCCCUUAAAAUAUCUUUCUAAUCUGUCUUUUCUUCAGGACACAUUUUACUCUAAAGUUUUAUAAAGCUGUCAUACUUUUACCCAACAAAGUAAAACCUGCCUGUGCUGUGACUAUUUCUGAUGCACAUUUAAUAUAGGUUUUCUCUCUGCAACUAAUCAGUGGUUCAGUGCCUUCUUGAUUGAAUGGGAGUGAAUGUAAAUGUCUUGUGCCAACCUGCUACUGCACAGCUGGGUCAAUGAAUUCUUUCCAACCAAUGAGACUUUUAGGGCAUCAUAUUAUUGCUGGUGCACUUCCUUAAGGACACAUUCUGUGGUUUUGGUGUGGCUGUAAACGUACCAUAAAUGUAAACUGAAAAGUUGAGAACGUUACUUGGGAGGGGCCAUAUUCGACCCUUGGCACGUGGCAAUGUUUUCAAAUCAUAAAUUGUAUUUUUCAGUGUGUUCACUUUAAGUGAAGACUUUAAGUUCUCUAUUUUUCAUGAUUUGAUCACAUUGAUGUGCAUGUUACCGCCUGCCAGGUUAACAGUACCGUUCACCGGUCUUGUUGGAUCAACAACAGUUGUGCUCAAAUUAUCUAGUCACCUUAAUAUAUACACUGUUAACUUCUGCAUCCAAAUUGCAGAAUGUGUACAACUGCAUGGAAAAAAGAACUGUCACAGCAUGCCUGUUGAAAUAGGACGGCUACUGCGAAAGAUCAUACGAUGCAGUGAGGAAGUGCAAAUUUGGAGUUUCUGUGCAUAGAAUGCUUUGCCUCGCAGUUAGCAAGCAUACAAAGUGUGACUUGAGGAAAAAUGUAAACUCCAAAAACCAUUAUGAUUGCCUUUAUUGUAGUGCAGGUUGGGAGCUGAGGUUGCCCCUGGGGGCUGAAAAGUAUUUUGAGACAUCAAGUGCUCAUUGUUGUGAUGAAUGUAUCAAUGGUGCAUGAAUUCCAGCUUCAACAGCAGCACUGCUGAAUCCAUUCUUGGAGUCUUCAGCUUAACUUCGCCCCUCUCAGGGAGCCAAAAGGAUGAGUGCUGGACAAAGCGUACUACUUCUGAUGUAAGCUUUAAAAAAAAAAAACUACCCUGAUUACAAGUGGUUACUAUUCUGCUGCCGUUUUGAAGACUCAAGAUUCAAUUUUGUGAUGUCAGUUUAAAAGAAUAUUAUUUUGGUGGCUUCUUUUUUUCCCAAACCGUCAGGUUUGAACUGUAAAUGUUUGCUAUGCUAAGUAUUUUUUCACACCUUUGCCUUUUCCAUUUUGUUUCUGUAUGUUUUUUUUCUUUUUCUUUUUCUUUUUCCAAAUAUUUGUUUCCAACUGGGAGAGGAUAAACAUGUACAUAAAAUUUAUUUUAAAAGCAUAAAGUGUGGAGGCAUAUUAAAAAUAAAGAAGUAAUUAUGA